AUGGGAAAGCUCCUCUAUACGAGUCCGGUGAGGUCUGCUCAGCGUAAGUGCGCUGGAAAAUCUAUUCGUUUUGAGUCUACAUCCCAUCACAGUCAUAUUUCUCAAAUUCCAGACUUUAGCAAAUAUUCGCCAACCAAAUCAAUAAGUGAGCUAGCUCCGUAUGUGUCAUCAACUCUAUGUGCUUACCCUCUACAAUCAAAGUACGUAAAUCAACAGCAUUACUAUCAGAACAAAAACAUACUGGAAAAGCACUACCUGACCAGAAAGCCACAUCCUGUGUCGCUGUCGCAGCUGGCCCAAUAUUUCGAUGAUUCAACCACCCUGACGAAGCAAAAAAUCAUAAACAGCGGGCGGUUCGUGCAGCAAGAGCUGGUCACUAGAAUUGCACACAAAAUCCACUUACUGCAAACGCUACCCUUCAAUGUUGUAAACAAUUUUCACUUCAGCCAAGUAUAUGAGUCAUACUACAAUAUCUUUGAGCGGUUCAGACGAUACCCAACGAUCAAGACGAUUGAGGACAAUGAAAAGUUUGCGAGGUUUCUUCAAGGCAUCCUGUCUGACUUCAAUUCGCUUAAUUUACCACACCUGAUUAUGGGUGCUCUAGAGUGUCGGAUUCUCGAUUUGCACCCCCCGGAAAAAGUUGAUGAAGUGGUGUCAAGCUUGCUGCGGGCUCGUAUAUCCCGGCGCCUAAUUGUAGAAGAGCACCUGAGUAUAACUUCGAAUUUCAACAGCGGGAAGAAAAAGAACACUUUGGUUUUGGGGGAUAUUUUCCAGGAAUGCAGCGCAUACGAAUUUCUGUUAGGAGCCAAAGCUAUGUGCGAGAAAUUCAUUCAGGACAUGUACUUCCACGGUAUAGCACUUCCGGAGUUCGUUGUUGACGGUAACCUGGGUCUCAAGUUUUAUUUUCUACCGUUGCACCUGAAGUAUUUGUUGGGAGAGCUCCUACGCAACAGCUACGAAGCUACCAUGAAAGAGUACAUCCGGCUGGGCCUUGAGAAACCUGAGCCAAUAACUGUAACCAUUGUGUCUAACGAACAAUCAUUCCUUUUCAGGAUAUCGGAUCGCGCUGGCGGGAUCCCCCACGAUGAAAAAACUCUCUGGUCGUUCGGUAAAUCAAAGGAAAUGGCGCGCAAGUCUCUUAGCAAUUUUCAUAAGCUUCCGGGCUUACAAACCAUAUCAUUGUACGACUACAUGUAUGAUAAGAAGGCCGGUGGGCCAACGUCUCACCCGUACAAAUUUACUUCCCUUGAGCCCAUUAGUGCCUCUAAUUUGCCAAAGGGUCAUAAAUUUGAGAAACCAUUGCUUGGUCUUUUGGAGAGAUCUUCACGCUACAAGCUGGGAAUUGGCCUAGAUAUGUGCAGAGUCUACGCCGAGUACUGGAAUGGUGAUUUGACCGUUCACUCCAUCAAAGGGCACGGUACAGAUACUGUCUUAAAAUUGGGUAACCUAAUGUACCACACAGACAAGUUGCAAUUAGACAAAGUAUGA